AUGGCAGACACAAUUUCUCUCUCUCACCAACUCUUAAUCACCGACUCUCUUCGAACUUCCUCCGUUAUCUUCCCUACCGACGCUGUUGCUCCUCCUCCCGUCAGAUCUCGCUCCGCUUCUUGCACCUCUGCGCGCCGUACUCUCCUCAAGCGCCGCCAUCGCACUCGCCGCCGAUCUCCCCCUUCCGACGGCGAAGAUGAAGGUGGAUUUUUUGGCGGCGAUGAUAGCGGUUUUUUCGGCGGUUUUGGCGGCGGAAGUGGCUGGAAUUCCGGUUUUGGAGGAGGUGGUGGUGGUUUUAAUUGGGAUGAUUGGUCUUCGUCUUCUUCGUUUCCUGAUGAUCCGGCUUUCGAUUUCGUCUACGAGGUUUUGUGUUGGAUUGUUUUCUCAAAUUGCUUGCAUUUUGCGUUCAAAAAGCUUGUUCGUUUGAUUACUGAGGAGAGAGAGAAGGUUCCUUUGAGAAUGGAAGUUUGCUGA